UCUCUCUCUCUCUCUGUGUCUAGAGCUCGUUCUUACGACCGGAAACGGCGGCUGAAUCCGAAUCCAUAUUUGCAUCUCUUCCUAGUUCUAGAGUGUAAUCGAUCAGGCUUGCUUGAAGAAUAGUUGGGAGCGGCGAGAGAAUGAACGCGUCUUCGUCAGGCAAAGCACGAGCCGCUUCCUCCUCCCAGCCCUCCGAGAGCUCCUCCAAGCGCAAGCGCGGCAUUUUCCAGAAAGAGCUGCAGCACAUGAUGUACGGUUUUGGUGAUGAUCCGAAUCCACUUCCAGAAACUGUGGCGCUUGUUGAGGACAUUGUGGUGGAGUACGUCACAGAUUUUGCACAUAAAGCACAGGAUAUUGGAUCAAAGAGGGGAAAGCUUUCUGUUGAGGAUUUUCUUUACCUAGUCCGCAAGAUUGUUAAAUAUUUGGCCCAGCAGGAUGCGCCAAAGCUUAACCGCUGCAAAGAGUUGCUGUCUAUGCAAGAAGAACUAAAACAAGCUAGGAAAGCCUUUGAUGUAGAUGAGGAAAAGCUUGCGGCUUCCCUGGACUGAGCUGUUGAUGCUGUCUAGGAUGCUCAGUGCAGGUCUUGUCUGGUGUUAGGUUGUAAAUGUUAAGACCCAAGGCUGUCGAAUUUUGCACAGGAAUGAAAAGAAAACGGUUGUGGGUUUCGUCACCU